GAAAGCGUACUUGCAAAUGAACCUGCAGUUGUUAAGAGGGGCCAACAUAUUGUUGAAAUCAAGCCACAAGGUGUUACCAAAGGAAUAGUUGCAGAGAAGGUUCUCUCAAUGAUGGUUGAUAGUGGGAAUCCGCCCGAUUUUGUUAUGUGCAUUGGAGAUGAUAGGUCAGACGAAGACAUGUUUGAGAGCAUAUUAAGCACUGUAUCCAGUCCGUCAGUCACUGCUGCCCCUGAUAUCUUUGCCUGCACUGUUGGGCAAAAGCCAAGCAAAGCCAAGUAUUACCUCGAUGAUACAGCCGAUGUUCUUAGACUGCUUGGAGGCCUUGCUAAUGCUUCUUGUCCAAAGCCAAGGCAUACUGCUCAAUUCCAGCUCGCGUUUGGCUCUGUUAUUUGAGUGGGCAAACAAGUUGCAGCUCAUGUACAUAGUUCUGCUUUUGGGAAUCUCUUUUACAGAUGAGGAAUGAGUCCCAUCUUCAAUCCUAACUUAAUGUGAUGAAUGACUGGAUACAGGCUUGGGCAUUUCCAAGUUAUGCUGGAUUCAGGGCUUGAGGUUUGCAGGCUACUUAGUGUAGAAAGUAUCAUCAGGGCUAGAGUUCCUUUUUCAAAGUACAGUUUUGCAGCAGUCCUGGUGCUUGCCCUGAAUGAUUUAACAGGCACCGUUACUUUGUACAGAUACACGAAUCUUUAAUAUGAAUGACAGUUUGGUUUAUCUCACUUGAGUUAUCUUAA